AGAGAGAGAGAGAGAGAGAGAGAGAGAGAGAGAGAGAGAGGAGUCAAAGACGGUGGAAGAAGGAAACCCUAGAAUUCUUCGUCAUACAUGAUCGACGUCGGAGCGGAGAGCGCGGCGCCGGGCGCCGGGACGGCGGAGAAGGCCCUGUCCUUCAUCUCCCGGGGAUGGCGCGAGGUGCGUGACUCCGCCGGCGCAGACCUCCGCCUCAUGCGCGCCCGCGCCAGCUCCUUCAAGUCCCUCGCCGACCGGGAGUUCGAGAACCUGCUCAGCUCCUCCGCCGCCGUCCUGUCCACGCCGCCCCGUCCUUCCCCGCCGGAGGUCGAAUUCGUCAAGCGCAUCCAGCCCAAGCUGUCUGAGAUCCGUCGGGCCUACUCGUCGCCGGAAUUCAGCCGGAGGGUGCUCGAGAAGUGGAGUCCCAAGGCCACCAUCCGCAUCGAUCUGUCCGCCAUCCGAAACGCUAUCGUCUCAGAGGUGGACGAGGUCGGGGCGGUCCUCGAUGUCGGCAAGGUCAAGGGCCAGAGCUGGAGGAUGGUGCGGUGGAAGGGGGUGGAGGAGGAGGAGCAAGGGAGGGAGUGGGAGCCCAUUCGGAUCCUCAAGACAGGGCUGAAGGAGUUGGAACGGAAGAGCCAGUCCACGAGCAACGAGCUCGUCGAAAAACUGAAAUCGAGCCUGGGAUCAUUUGUGAAGGAGCCCCAAGAGUCGAAGGAAGUUCCACCAUUGGAUCUACCUGAACUUUUGGCAUAUUUUGUUAAGCAAUCUGGGCCAUUUUUCAAUCAGCUUGGAAUACGGCAAGAUAUAUGCGACAAAAUUGUGGAAGCUUUAUGCAGUAGGCGCAAAGAUCAAUUCAUGUAUCAUUCUCUUCCUGCAAAGGACACAUCCUUACCUGGAAAUGAGAACAGUGAUGAACUUGAUUUGAGAAUAGCCAGUGUGCUCGAAAGUACAGGGCAUCACUAUGAAGGAGGCUUUUGGACUGACCUUGUAAAGCAUGAGACAACAGACCAGAAGCGCCAUGUUGCAAUUGUAACUACUGCCAGUCUCCCAUGGAUGACUGGAACUGCUGUAAACCCAUUAUUCCGAGCUGCAUAUUUGGCUAAGUCUGCAAAACAAGAUGUAACAUUGGUGGUCCCCUGGCUUUGCAAAUCAGAUCAGGAGCUGGUUUAUCCUAAUAAUUUAAGUUUUUGUUCUCCUGAAGAGCAGGAAGCCUACAUAAGGAACUGGCUAGAGGAACGGAUUGGCUUCAAGGCAGACUUUAAAAUCUCAUUUUAUCCGGGAAAGUUCUCAAAAGAAAGGCGCAGCAUAGUACCUGCUGGGGACACCACGCAAUUCAUUCCUUCCAAAGAGGCUGAUAUUGCUAUACUGGAAGAGCCAGAGCACCUAAACUGGUAUCAUCAUGGGAAGCGUUGGACAGAUAAGUUCAAUUAUGUUGUUGGUGUAGUUCACACAAAUUACUUGGAGUACAUCAAGAGGGAGAAAAAUGGAGCUAUCCAAGCAUUCUUCGUCAAACAUAUCAACAAUUGGGUCACCAGAGCAUACUGCCAUAAGGUUUUGCGGCUUUCUGGAGCAACUCAGGAGUUGCCCAAGUCUGUCAUUUGCAAUGUUCAUGGCGUUAAUCCCAAGUUUCUUAAGGUUGGAGAAAAAAUAGCUGCUGAGAGGGAGCAAGGGCAUCAAGCAUUUUCCAAAGGAGCAUAUUUCCUGGGGAAGAUGGUUUGGGCAAAAGGUUACAGAGAAUUGAUAGAUUUGCUAGCAAAGCACAAGAAUGACUUGGAAGGGUUUAACUUAGAUGUAUAUGGAAAUGGUGAGGAUUCACGUGAAGUCCAAUCUGCUGCAAGGAAGUUGGACCUGAAUCUGAACUUCUUUAAAGGAAGGGAUCAUGCAGAUGAUUCACUUCAUGGGUACAAAGUUUUCAUAAAUCCUAGCGUCAGUGAUGUCCUGUGCACAGCAACAGCAGAGGCCCUUGCCAUGGGGAAGUUUGUGAUUUGUGCAGAUCACCCAUCAAAUGAUUUCUUCAGGGCAUUUCCUAACUGCUUGACUUAUAAAACUUCCGAGGAUUUUGUGGCGAAGGUAAAAGAGGCGAUGGCAAAUGAACCCCAACCACUCACUCCUGAGCAAAGAUAUAAUUUGUCAUGGGAGGCCGCAACACAGAGAUUUAUGGAGUAUUCAGAGCUUGACAAAGUUCUAAACAAACAAGAAUCUACGAGUGUCAAUGCAGAUAACUUGAAGAUUAGCAAGUCAAUUUCCAUGCCUACUCUAUCAUCUGCUGUGGAUGGGGGGUUAGCCUUUGCUCACUAUUGUCUUACUGGUAACGAAAUCCUGAGGUUGUCUACCGGUGCAAUACCAGGAACAAGAAAUUAUAGUAAGCAGCAUUGCAUGGAUUUGCACCUCCUGCCACCUCAGGUGCAAAACCCUGUAUAUGGCUGGUAAGAUAUAAAACCUUAUCAUGUACCAAUAUCCCAUUGUAUGAUAUUUCGCAAGUAGGUUGAUAUUUUUCACAGGCCCUAUGUUAACUAGCUGUUGCUACCAGUAUAAGGAUAUAUAGGUAGAACAAAUUGGUUCUUCCUUUUAUUUUGUCCAUCUACUGUACAAUUUAAGAUACCUGUUCUGCCAUCAA